CGCCGAUAGAAGAGCGCGCGCAACCCUAACCGGCCCAACCUUCCAAACCUUCCAUGUGGCGGAGGAUGGUGUGCGCUUUCCACCUGCAACUUCAACUCGGGCACCAUCUUACCCAUCAGCAGCGUCUUCCGCCAUAACCCCAGAGCCCAGCAACAAACCCUUCAUCCCUUCACCAUGUCGACAGAAGUUACGCUCGCUUCUCUCAUCAAGCGUCUCGAAACUGCCACCCAGCGUCUCGAGGAGGUCGCCGCACGCCCUCCAAAAGCCCAUCCAACAACCUCAUCUUCCACCGAUUCCUCUUCGGGUGCCCCAGCAGGUGGCAGCCAUGCCGCCAUCACCGCCUUCGACGACCUCGUCUCCGGUCCCUUCGCCGCCUACCUCACCGCCAGCAACGCCCUUGGCGAUCUCGUUCAGCAGCAGGCGGGUCAUGUGAAGGAAGCACUGGCGGCUCAGCGCGCACUCAUCCAGGUCGCGGUGCUGUCGAAGAAGCCGGACUUGCCGACGUUGCAGGACCUGUUGAAGCCGACGCAGGGGGCGAUUAUGAAGAUUACGGAGUUGAGGGAGAAGAAUAGAGCUAGUCAGCAGUAUAACCAUUUGUCGACGGUUAGCGAGGGGAUCCCGGCUCUUGGUUGGGUUGUUGUGGAACCUACACCCGGCCCCUUCGUCGGAGAGAUGAAAGAGUCCUCGCAAUUUUGGGGCAACCGGGUCAUCAAGGAAUUCAAGGACAAGGACAAGAACCAGGCAGACUGGGCAAGCACCUUCGUCAACUUUCUUGCCGAACUGCAGGCUUACGUUAAGAAGCACCACACGACCGGUCUGGCCUGGAACCCUCGUGGUGGAGACGCCAAGUCUGCCAAUGGCAGCGCAGCCCCCGCCGCACCCGCAGCAGCGCCAUCAGCGGGCGGACCGCCCCCACCACCUCCCGCGCCUGCAGUCGGCAUUGAGCCCACCUCGUCGUCUAAGAGCCCCGCGCCUGAUGCCUCGGCAUUGUUCAGCGCGUUGAACAAGGAUGGGUUGACAAGCGGCUUGCGGAAGGUGGACAAAUCGGAGAUGACGCAUAAGAAUCCGGAACUCAGGGCUGGAAGUGUUGUUAAGGCCCCUACGCCCGCUGCUGGCUCUGCACCUAAGGCGUCCGCAGCAGCACCCAAGGCGCCCCCGAAGACUUCGUUGGAGGGUAGUAAAUGGGUCGUUGAAAACCACAACAACAACAACGAUAUCGUGAUUGAGCAAACCGAGCUGCGACACGUUGUCUAUAUUUACAACUGCCAGAACUCGACUAUCCACAUCAAGGGCAAGAUCAACGCUGUGACUUUGGACAACUGCAAAAAAACCGGCCUGGUCCUAGACAGCGCCGUCUCAACCGUGGACAUCGUCAACUCCAAAUCCGUCCAAGUGCAAGUCACCGGCACCGUCCCGACCGUCGCAAUCGACAAAACCGACGGUCUGCAACUGUACCUCUCCGCCGAGUGCGCCGACAGCGUCGAGAUCCUCACUGGCAAGAGUGGCGAGGUGAAUGUGUGUGUGCAGCAGACCAGUGGGGAGCAUAAGGGGGAGUUUAGUGAGCUUCCCGUGUCGGAGCAGUUUAAGACGGUGGUUAGGGAGGGGAAGUUGAAUACUACUUGUGUGGAGCAUAAGGGGUAGACAAGGGGGGUUGGGAGAGCGAACUUCUUCUGUGGGCCGUUGAGAACUACAUACGACUACAUGUUUCAUGAAUGUGAAGAGCACAGUAUCAUUUUGUGAACCUCGUUGAUACCCUUCCAAACCACCUGAAAUCACCCAUUCCACCCAUGAAUCACAGCCGAUGGUGAGGUUACGAUUAAGGCAGCGUACUGAGAAGGAGCUCGUUAGCGUCAUUUUUGAAUCUGUGCGGACUA